UACUGUACUCCUCGAUCCCAGCAGAUGUUCAGAGCCUUUGAAUUUAUCAAUGAAACAGUGGGCUGCUUUCCACUCAGUGCUCCCCAAACCUGAAUCACUGGCUGUAAGGUAAUCAUCUUCUGGGUGUGUGUGUAUUGUUUUGUGGAUGAGACAGUAUGUCAGUCAAGUUCGGGAAAAAGCAUCACGGUAAGUGGUCAAUCUAACCAAUUCUUGCUGGUGUGGCACCAGUCUGCAGUCACACUGAUGCAUGACGGGGCCAAUCAAUCAAUCAAUGAACACAGAUCGGGUGCCAAAGCAAAACGCAGGCUCCAAAUUCUGAAGCAUCCAAAUGACCUGAACUGCACCGAGAGCAGCCGACCUUCAUAUGGACUCACUGCAAAAGUGACACAGACAUCAAGAGAGAGAGACACAUGCGCGCGCACACUGGAGCGCACCGGGCGCUGCUCUUUUAAAUCCACCUGUUCACGCGGCUUCCUGCGCUCUGAUAGGUUUGUCAGGGAGAGAAAACAGCAUUUAUUACCGCCGUGAGCAUGAAGUGACGAGGAGCCCCUCUCCCUCUCUCUCUCUCUCUCUCUCUCUCUCUCUCUCUCUCUAGCAGCACCAUGACAGCACAGACACAGCACAGCUGCUCCUGCCGCGGCUGAAUGGAUUACCUCCACACGCACCUUCUCCUGGAUGCUUUUUUCUUCUUCUUCUUCUUUUUUUUUUUUUGCGCAGAGCCUCCUCUCGUUAGUUCCCAGUGAUCUCUGAGAAAGCCCGCUCGCCUUGUGCCUGCGCUCAACCGACACCGUGGACGCUGACCGCUGGCCACGCCGAGCGCACUGAUCUGAGACCAGCUUUUGACUUCAGAGUCGCAUCACCGCUUGCUGGCUGAGAUUGUUUUUUUUUUUCUGCAACAAUUUGUUGUGAGGGGCGAAGUCAUGGUGCCGGUACCGCAUCGGCUUCUCACGGCACCGUGAGAACUUUUCUUCCAGACUCCCCCCCUUUUUGUUUUUAGAUGUUUGUCAGAGGGAUCGUGCUUCUUUGGGAAAUUAACCCGUUUCCCUUUUCAAUUAUGUUCACUUUUGCUGCCUUCUGCUACAUGCUGUCUCUGGUCCUCUGUGUGUCGCUGAUCUUCUUCGCAAUAUGGCACAUAACGGCAUUUGAUGAGCUCCAGGCUGAUUUCAAGGUGCCGAUCGAUCAGGGCAAUCCCCUCCAUGCGAGGGAGAGACUGCGGAACAUCGAGAGGAUCUGCAACCUGCUGAGGAAGUUGGUGCUACCAGAAUACUCCAUCCAUGGACUCUUCUGUAUCAUGUUCCUGUGUGCCCAGGAGUGGCUGACUGUGGGCCUCAACAUCCCCCUGCUCUUCUACAACACAUGGAGGUACUUUCAUUCUCCAACGGACACUAAGGAGCUGCUCUACGACCCGGCAUCCGUGAUGAACGGCGACACGCUCAAGUUCUGCCUGAAGGAGGCCUGGUGCAAGCUGUCCUUUUUUGUCCUCUCCUUCUUCUACUAUCUUUACUGUAUGAUCUACUCCUUGGUUACCUCAUAACAACUGAUAUAUCAGCAACUGGAGGGAAUCCAAAAAAAUAAAUAAAUAAAUAAAUAAAGCACCUCGGGAUACACAGACUGCCGUUGUGUCGAACUGGAAAGACAGGAAAUGUAAAAGUUUAAGAUGUGAAGGAGGAACAUUUUGUCGCUGUGAAAAGCCAAGCGACGAACCGGAUGGAGGCCGGAGCUCCUUUUCUGCUCAGUCUCCAAUCGGAAGGACGGACAUGUUUUACGCUCAGCUGUAUAUAAAACCUGAAGACUAAAACUCCUGUUUACAGUUUGACUGGUCAUAGAGAGAGAUCCGAGUUUAAUCACUGCCUGGCCAACGUUUGUAACACACACACGCACACACACACACACACACACAUCUGCAGCCUCCUCUGGAGUGCUACCAUACUCUCUGUACGGUAGCAGCGCCGGUAGCCCGGAGGACGGAGAGCACAGUAGCGUUUGCACAGUUUGUCUCAGGCACAGCAUGGUGAAGCACUGUCCGGCCCAGCACAGCACAGCACAGCUCACCGACCCUCAGAGUCAUUCCUCCUCGACGCCUCGCCGACCGUAGCUUCACCGGUGAGUCAGGAAAAGGAAGGGAUGGGUGGACGAGUGGAUGGACGGAUCACACUGUACAGAGAAGAGAGCGCUCAGGGGGAAACACCGGAGUGGCCAGAUAUCCCCCCCCCCCCCCCCCGGGCUUUUCCUUUCUAACAUUACGUGAAUGGCUUUUGUGACGUGUGCAUUUUUGGUGUAUUCUUUAACAAAAGGCAUUUCUAAUUGAAUUAUGAUCUAAAGCUAAAGGUAUCCUAUACAGCAAAUGCCUUCUUAGUGUUGUCCUAGUGUCGUUCUAUUGUGGGAAACGUUUUUUUUUUCUGAAUCUCCAAACUGACACCUGUCCAAGCUUUUAUAGUAGAGGAGCACACAUUCUUUUUGCACAAAUAGUGUCUUGCACAAUACUCCGCAAUAUUUGGCUACAUAUUAGAGACCAUUUAUGAUAGUCUAGCCACACAGGUGAAGGUCUUCCAACAUGAAAAGAACUAUCCUGCCCUGUUCCGAAGACGGGGAGACAAUGUGAAUCUUUUCUAGCUCGAUUUACACCACGGACCAAAAUGUCGUCUUUUCAGUAUUUAGCUGAUUUAUUUACGUCUAUUUGCAAGAUACCGAGGGCUCGUCUUCACGCUCUAUUUUAAAACGAAACGCCAUUUUCCAGUGUAAACCACGCCAUGAUAGGAAGGGAACGAGCAGCGGAUAAAGCAGAGGAUGUGAAAAAAAACAAAAAAAACAAAACUUGUCUUCUCUGAUUUGUCUCAACGCAACUGUAGCAAGAUGGUGACAUAAUGCGACUGCCACGGGCCAUCGCCCCUGCAGCUUCAAUCAGUUCAGUGUCUCGCUCACGGGCACUUCAGCAGGGCAGGUGCUUGAACCUGAACCCUCCACGUGUAGCACAGUUUUCUAAGCACCAGACCACUCUUUAGAUCGCCACACACACACACACACGAGCUCACUUCGUAAGCCGGCGCCACUGAAGGAGCAGAUGGGAAUGCCCGAUUCUUGUUGUUUUUUCUCUUAUUCUAACUCAAGCAUUUUCUAUCCUUACUGUGUAUGUGACCGACC